AUGUUGUACUUCGAACUGACAAAUUUUGUGUUGAGUGUGCUGUUUGUAGUGGGUUGUAUGGCCGAUGAUUACGUGUCACAAGGCUGUUAUUCUAGAUCUGAUCUGAAGGAUGCGUUGAAGAGGAAUAAUCAGUAUAAAUAUCAGUCGCAGUCGUACUGUAAGAUGAAGUGUGGGAAUACCGCGCUGGUAGCUCUUAUUGAGGGAGAUCUUUGCUACUGUGGUGAUGACGAUAGUAUAUUGAACAAGGUAUCGCCUGUUGAGGAUUCAAAGUGUUCUGAUCCAUGCAAGGGUUAUCCAUACGAGUUAUGUGGAGGAGAUGAUUUCUUCACCGUGUUCUUGAACAGCAAGCUGGUCGAUGACAUUAAACCCCGCAGUAGCAGUAGUUCCUCGUCCAGUACGUCGCGUCCUUCUAGUACCGCAUCCCAGUCUUCAUCUAGAAGCACUUCUAGUUCGAGCUCUUCGAGCUCUUCUAAGCCACCAGCUUCCUCGGCGCCUAGCAGCCCCAGCUCCUCACCGCCAUCUUCGUCUCCACCACCGCCCACGCCUACUACAACCGAUGACACCACCUCAUCUUCCAGCCCGUUAUCAACCAUUUUGUCAACAUCGGAAGUUACUACUGAGAAGACUAUAGUUAACAGUGACAAUCAGACCCGCACGACUGUGAUCACUGCUACGAACGUUAUCUACGUCAGUCCUACGGCAUCCUCGGCCUCAUCAAGUUCCGCAGACCCGACAACUACCUCUAAUCCAUCUGCGGUUCCAAACAGAAAAUCGCUUUCUGGCGGUGCGAUUGCUGGGAUUGUUGUCGGUGUGGCUAUAUUUGUCGCAUUGGCACUUCUGUUGGCGGUCUUUUUAUGGCAUCGCCGGGAGGACGAGGAUUCCGAUAUCUCGGACUUCGAACAGAAGAGAUUCCAUCAACCCUACUCGCUGGGCGAUCAAGAUCCAUUGCCAGCACAUCCAAUUCCUCCAACACUUUCACAUAGCAAUAAUCAUGGGGGAAUGGCUCAACGCCAGGUCAAUCCUGUGUCACAUAUGAACGGUAAUACUUCUCAAUUUUCACAAUACCCAGAGCCAACAUAUGGCCAGCCUAAAAUAGCUGAUAGCUCGCUGCCAGAUGUCGUUACAGAGAGCAGGCAUUUACGAAUUGCUAAUCCGGACAACUAA